AUGGACAAAGAUUGCGACAUGGUAUAUAAGAACAUCUCUGACAUAUAUAAAUCCGAAGAAUUUAAGACAUACGACAACUUUGUUUCAUUAGUUGCAGAAUGUGUAUGGCAGAUAAGAGAUAAAGAUAGAAGAGGUAAGGUAUGGAAUGAACAGAUAAAACCAACUGCUUUUGAGUUAAAGAAAACCAUUGACGCCUUAGUUGUUCUAGCAGGUCAAAUUUCAAUGUAUAACGCAAAAAUGAAUCCACAAUGUUCUAAAUGUAAAGCAGCAAUGAGGAAAUAUAACUACUCCGUCAAAGAGAUAGAACGUAUGAGAAACGACUAUGCUGACUUAAAGAAAGAAGUAGAGAAACCAGCAGAAGAUAAAAUGGACAUGUUAGCAUUUCUGAACAAAAACUAUCCAACUGCUGACGAUUUCCUAUUAUCUGACGUCAAGAAGAAGUAUAAAGAAACCUUCGGCAUUGUUAAAACAUUCGAUGUACUAAAAGAAGAAAUAGAAGCUACAAAACUGUUUAGAAUCUCACGAAUUCAUAACGUAUAUCAUGUAAAAUGUUUAUAA